AAAUAUUGAGUUUUGUUGAAACACCUCUUUAAAUUUGAGGAAAUAAAAGAAACAAAAUGUAUGUAUUUUCAAAAUUCAUAUAUUGAAGACUUCAAAAUUUUACAACAUCUUAUUUCGAAAAGUGUAAACAAAAUUGUGGGAUCAUGUGAUAUGUGUCGAGGCUGCCCCAUUCCAGUGCGUUACACCCAAAUUUUGCUACUAUUCACUGCCAUGGUAUUGACCUUCCAUCAGCGUAUCAAUGUUCCCGAAGUUAUCGUUGUACUCACAGCCGACAACGGCACAUACGCUCACUUUAUGCCAAAGGACUACUCGUUGUCGCCGCAUGAAAAGUCCAGCAUGUUGGGAAGUGCCUUUUGGGGUGCACUUUUGGUACAAAUACCCAGCGGUUAUAUAUGCAGCGCCUAUGGCAGUGUCAAGUUGCUGUUCAGCUGUCUCUUCUUCUCAUCACUCUUAAGCAUAGUGUUGCCGCUGAGUCUGAUUUUUGGCAAUUCCAUCACAUUUAUUUUGCUACGCGUACUACAGGGCUGCGCACAAGGCAUAUUGUUCCCCACAAUCUAUGGGCAUUUAGCCAAAUGGAGUCCGCUCAACGAACGCAGUCUGCUGGGUGGCAUCUCGCAAUCUGGCGCUGAUUUGGGCUUGGCGUUGGGUUUGAUGAAUAGCGGCUUUUUGUCCGUGACACCGUUACAUUGGCCGGCGGCAUUUUAUAUACCAGGUCUCGCCGGUCUAGUGUGGUGUAUUUUCUGGUCUAUCUUCGGCGCUGAAUCACCAUCGACUUCCAAACGUAUAUCACCUAAUGAACAGCAGCUCAUACAAUCUGUGGGCACACUCAGCAUGCAUGAGAAACGUAAGGCGGCAGUACCUUGGUGCGCCAUCGCCACAUCAGUGCCUUAUUUGGUGCUUCUCUUAAAUAAAAUCAGUCACGGCUUCUCUAUGGCGACUAUGGCGCUACAGAUACCAAUCUAUUUGAAUGGCAUGUACGCUUAUAAGAUCCAUAUAAAUGCCUUCAUAUCUGCACUGCCGUUUUUUAUUAUGCUGUCCAGCACAUAUGUGGUCAUUACGACUUCGCAUUACUUCUUGAAAGUGCGAAAAGUGCGCUUGUCGCUGGUGCGCAAGUCGUUGAAUACCAUAUCGAAUUGGGUGCCUGCCACUGCAUUGGCGACUAUGAGUAUGCUGUCCAAGGAAAAUGAGGUGGGGCAUAUUUCCUGCAUCAUUCUUAGCGUCGUCGCGUUUUCGACUUUCUCCAUUGGCAGUUCAUUGAACCAUAUCGAUCUGUCACCGAAUUUUGCUGCGCUUCUCUUUGGUAUCACCGGUACAUUUAUAAUGUUAGCGGCCAUCAUCUCACCCAUAAUUGUGGCAGAAGUCGUAAAGAAUGAGAACGAUCCCUGGCAAUGGAAUAUCAUAUUCCUCUUCACAGCCGCUUUUCUCUUCGUGACAAAUUUGUUGUACUUAUUUUUUGGUCAAAUGGUGGCGCAACCUUGGAACGAACUACAUGCGAAGGAAACGAAUGAUGUCAAUAUAGAAGAAACAUAAAAAUGAUAUUUCAUGACAAAAUAAUGCUUUUUAUUUUAUUU